GUUUGGUGUACACGCGUCUAAAGGCUGUCAAUCUUCUACGAAGUACAGUACAACACGGUCUGUGCAGUCUUCUCAGACAAGUGUGGCAAAAUAACGUGAGCAGGCUGUUGCAAGUAACACUGUUUAGUGUUUCGUUCAGAAUGACUUUAAGCGAUAAGCCGAAGGAAAGCGAACAACUCCACAAUACGGAAUAUGAUUAUCUCAUCAAAUUUUUAGCUCUUGGAGAUUCAGGAGUUGGAAAAACUUCGUUUCUAUUUCAAUAUACCGAUGGUUCAUUUGAGAGCAAGUUUGUUACAACAGUGGGAAUUGACUUUAGGGAAAAGCGAGUGAGUUACAGACCAGCUGGUGUGGAUUCUGGUCGUGCCCAGCGUGUACAUCUGCAACUAUGGGAUACUGCAGGUCAAGAGAGGUUUCGAAGCUUAACAACCGCUUUCUUCCGUGAUGCCAUGGGAUUUUUGCUUUUCUUUGACUUAACGAGCGAACAGAGCUUUUUGAAUAUAAGGAAUUGGCUUGAUCAGUUAAAGCAACAUUCCUAUUGUGAAUCGCCUGAUAUUAUUCUCUGUGGCAACAAAUGUGACUUGGAAGACCUACGGGCUGUCAGCACAGAAAGAGCAUCUGAAUGUGCAGAAGCAUAUGGACUGCCAUACAUGGAAACAAGUGCUGCAACCGGUCAUAAUGUGGACAAAGCAGUAAGCAUGUUACUGGAUCUAGUUAUGAAACGUAUGGACGAAGUGGUGGACAAAACGAUGCUUCCUGCACAGUUUGGCAACAGAACAGAAGAUGGUCCCAAACUUAACCAAGGAAAUCCCGAAGCAGAGUCUUCCGGUUGUCCGUGCUAAGUUUUACUUCCUCUUUGGUGCACAAUGGUUUGACUGCAGAUUUACCCGUUCGCGUUUAGGUCUCAGAAGUGACAAUUUUCUAUUUAAAACCCUUGCGAACGCCCGUGUUCGGUAGUUUUAGUUUUUUCAUUGAACAUACCGUCCCAAGAAUGCAAGUGAGCAGUUACCGUUAUACACGAUGGCAUUCUAUUUUCACAAAUCCGUAUCACUUUGCAACUUUUAAAUUUUUUGUUUUAGUAUCGUAUUUUGCACGUGAACUCUUCUUAUAAUCGGUAUGCAGUUAAAGUGACGAAUCGCUGUUUUUUUCUUUUCUUGAGUUACCCUUAAACCAAGCUGGUGCCCUCCACCAAUUUUCCGUUUGUGAAAGUCCUGUCCAACGUCCAUUGUAUAGUUAUGUACGGUAUUUAAAAACGCACACUUCAGUAUAGUUGCAAUUAAAUACUCGUCCAAUUUAGGUAAAAACCCACAAUAUAUAGUUAAGAUUAUAGUUACGCAUUUUUCUGUAUUUCACUUUUGGACCUGUUGUAUUAUGUUUAUAAUACCAAAUCCAUACUAUAGUACGGUGGGGGAAGAUGGGACAACUUUUUGUUCUGUUUUCUCGUCGCAUUUGGUAGUAAAAAAAGAACUUUAAAAGAAUUAUAGAUGCGUAUCCUUACGACUACCGUAUAUCGUUGUUAAUUGUUUAAAACACGAUCCGAAUAUUUAAACGUUAUGUGCUAUAGGUGUCCCGUCUUCCCCCACCCUACUAUAUAACAACUAUAUUACGUAACUUACUGGAAACCAUUAUUCUACUGGUACAACAGAAUUUACAAAAACCGUACGUUCCGACCGUAUUUGCCAAUCUAUAGGCUGCACAUUCAUUUUUCGACGUUGUGUUAUUUUUCAACCACCAGGCAGCCCAUUAUAUACCACGCUUGCAUUUAGCUCCACCCGAAUACUAAUUAGUGCAAUAUUACAUUAUUAUUCGCUCUUAAUUAACUAAUCAACAUACCAGAAUGUUUUUUUCCUUUGUCCGAAUAAUGGAAACUGCGUUAAUUUGUUUAAGCGAGUUUUAUAUGUUUUAAAUAGACAAGUAGUUGUAGAUGCA